AGGGGAGGAGGAAAAGGAAGAGUGGAGGGGGAUUUGAAACACUCCCUGAGAUGGUCCAGUAUUUCUCAGAGUGUCCCACGCUUGUGCUCUAUUCCCACAGUGAGACGGGCACAAGAGGGCCUGUGCUGUAUAUGAACUCCAGAAAUUGCUCGAGUGUUUUCUAAAGAGCUACACUGCCUUUUUUCUCCAUUGCUCAGUAUAUCCCCACUGUCAUACAGACACCAGAGCUGCGCUACAUCCACAGGACCCCCGGGCCACAGAAUAACAGCCCACUCAUUCAUCUGAAGAGGACAAGACCACAGAAGACUCAACCAAAGACAGUCUCAUAAGUCAGAAGUCAGACAGCAUUAGUGUGGAGUAAUGGGGGACUGGAGUCUCUUGGGUAAUUUUCUGGAGGAGGUGCAGGAGCACUCCACAUCAGUGGGGAAGGUGUGGUUGACUGUGCUGUUCAUCUUCCGUAUCCUGGUGCUGGGCACUGCGGCGGAAUCAUCAUGGGGUGACGAGCAGUCUGACUUCAUGUGUGACACAUUACAACCCGGUUGCACCAAUGUCUGUUAUGACCGAGCUUUCCCCAUUGCCCAUAUCCGCUACUGGGUGCUGCAGAUUGUCUUUGUAUCAACACCGUCCCUCAUCUACAUGGGCCACGCCAUGCAUAUCGUUCGCAUGGAGGAGAAGAAGAAACGGAAGGAGCAGGAGGAGAAGGGUGAGGAGGGCAAAGAAGAGAAGCAAUAUUUGGAACAGAAUGAGAAAGCCGAAGACACAAAGACAAAGAUCCACCUAAAGGGGGCGCUACUGCAGACGUACGUCCUGAGUAUUAUGAUCCGCUUGGUCAUGGAAGUGACCUUCAUUGUUAUCCAGUACAUGAUGUAUGGAAUCUUCCUGAAUGCUCUGUAUCCUUGUGACAUGUCACCUUGUCCCAACCGUGUGAAUUGUUACAUGUCCCGUCCAACUGAGAAAAACGUCUUUAUUGUGUUUAUGCUGGUGGUGGCGGCUGUUUCACUGUUUCUGAGUGUGCUAGAACUGUACCACCUUGCAUGGAAACAGUGCAAGCUAUGCCUUCGACAAUAUGCUGACAAACACGCCAAUGAUGUCAAUGGCAAAAACACCAAAGUUGGUUCUAUAGUCCUACACAGCAAGGCAAGUAUUCCAAUGGAUCUGCCUGAGACGGCUCAGCCACAUCCCUCCCAAACCUGCACCCCACCCCCAGAUUUCAACCAGUGCCUAGCAUCAAGCCAAGGUCCAACAUCACCCCCGCAUCUUCAACACCACCAUCUUCAUCACAUCCAUAAAACCUGUCAGCCCUUCACCAACCGCCUGGCCCACCAGCAGAACUCUGUCAACAUGGCCACUGAGCGGCAUCAUCAAAGCCACAAUGAUCUUGAGCCGGCUGUGGACUUCCUGCAGAUGAGCUACGAGAGCCCUGAGGUCCAAGUACUGGGUGAGAUAACACCCAGCGCCCCCUCCACACCAUCCUCCCAACCAGGCUGCUUCAGAGACAAGCGCCGACUUAGCAAGACUAGUGGAACUAGUAGUAACCGAGUCAAACCAGGUGAUCUGGCCGUGUAGGUUGGGUUAAAGAACCGUCCCGGAGGAUAAGAAGCUGGGAGUGUGAACUAGCCUUAAGAUGAGAGAUAUGGAUGCGAGGGGUGUGCAUGCGCUUGUGUGUAUGAUUAUUCUUGUGUGUUGGUACUAUAUGGAAUAUUUCACUUAUUUGUGACAAGAAAGGCUUUAAUAUCAACAUGAAUCAGAGGAUAAUAGGAAUGUGUAGGGCAGAGAAUCUGUAUCAGAGCAUUUAAUAUGGUUUCACUGAAACUGUUGUUGUAAGUGUAUGUAGAUUUUUAGGGUGGAUGAAAUAAUCCUGAAUAAAAGGGUGUCGAUAUAUUUAGAUGGAUGGAUGGAUGGAAGAUGAAAGGACUAUGAAAAUAACUGCAAAAUGUACAAGAUAGUGCAGGGUAGUAUUGCACACUGAUAAGGUUCAUAUAAGAAAAAUAAUUUUGAUUUAGUUCUUAGUUUUUUUGCAAUUCAGAACACUCCAAUCAAACACUUUUUGAGCCAAAAAGCAAUAAAGCACUUAUAUCUUAUAAAAGAUCAAUGCAAAAAAAGUUAUAAAUAAACAGAAAAAAACAUGCCAUGCUGUAUGUGUGAUGAUUUUAGCUAUAAAUGACUAUAGUAUUUAUCUGAUAUGCUACAAUUUUACUAAAAUAUAUGUGAAAUAAAUAACAGAAUUCUAUGAAGUAUCCUUUUAUACUUUAUAUUUUGAUCAACCUAUCACUGAUGCAAAUAUGUGUGAAUUAUUAACACACAACUUAUUUGUUACAGUAGUGAGCCUAUAAUGAGAUAUGAAAACAGAGAAACUUUCAAAUCAGUUUGAUAUUUAGUUUAUUAUUGAAGAUUUGGCAAAAAAGGCAAAAAAAACAACAAAAAAAAAAAACAUGUAGGCCAAUUGAAAGUGCCUUGAAAAGAGUAUAUCAAAAAGAAAAGAUGCCAAGAGCAAUCACAGCUUAAUAAAAUAUCAUCAUUUGAUAUAGCAUACACAAUUGCAUUAAUAGUCUGAAAACAAUCGUUUUUAUUAAUGGUAAGCAGGGUUUGUAUUUAUCAAAGCAUGCACUUUAUUACACUAAUGUCAUCAAAUCUCAUAAAGUGUCAAUGAAAUUAUCUGUCAGUGUUCCAUUCAGAAAGAUGAUUUACUGUCACUGACCUUUCCAAACAUUGUUUAGCCUUCUUACCAAGUCAUCUCGAUUUCUUUUUGUGUUAUACUUAAUCUUGUAAUAGUGUAUGGAGUUUUUACAAUUAAAAACAAUUUUAUUACAAAUGUAUGAGUUGGUCUAGGUAAUCCUUCUUUCACAGUUAAUGACAUCUAAGCUUUAUUUCACUUCAUUUUUCACAUUUGAUUGCGGCCAAACAGUGUCUUCUCUGAUCUGUUUACAGCACACAAUAAAAAUAUCCCAGCACUCAUAAAGCAUGCGUGACAAUUUUUUUUCCCCAUUAUAAAAUUAAUCCAGCACUCGUUGUCGACUCUGUUGCUGUGUCAGAAAUCACUCACUUGUUCACUGAUUCUAUAAUUUCCAUAGUGCCUGGAAGUUGAGUGCAAUAUAUCAACAAGGAGUGAAUGAAAUAAAGUGAAGAAUUCACUGACAUAUUACACACACGGUGCGUCACAGACCUGAUGUUGUCAGAAACAACAACUGCCACAUACACACUUUCUUCAGAAAUAAAUAACAGUCAUAGAUAGUGACUUAUGUAAUUGUACCUAAAUUACAGCUUUGUAGUAAUUAUUAUUAACUAAGAAUUUACAAAACUAUUGCCUGUAAUAGAAAAUUAAACUACAGGUUACAAAAUCAGGAAAACAUAAAAAUGACAGUGUG